GUUGCAGCUUGAGUGCUGGGCAACGUCUUGCACAUCCACAUGAACUAAAAACAAUAUAGCCUGAAUAUCCUCGCCAUGUCGGCGGUAUUUGUUUCUUGCCGUGCACCAUAUCAGUGUCUCCUCCUCGCUGCUUGUCAGACACAUCCUCCAUAGAAGUUAGAACAGAUCAAUUCGCAAAACAGUGUUCACCCAACCCCAAUUCCUACACAUAUCCAUUCCGCUUCCAACACCUACCCACCUAGGUAACCUAAAGUUUAAACAUGGCGGACGCCCCUGUGACCUUCCUGCCCCUCGGCGCCAUCAUCCAGACGCUCAACGUCGGCGGCGUCAACAUCGUCCAGGGCUUCCCCACCCAGGCGCUGUACGUGAGCCACAACGGGCCCUUCUUCGGCGAGACCAUCGGCCGCGUCGCCAACCGGAUUGCCGGGGCUCGCAUCAACAGCCUCAACGGCGGCAAGUCCUACACCCUCGCCGCCAACGACGGCUCCAACUCCCUGCACGGCGGCCCCGUCGGCUGGGGGAAGCGCGUCUGGCAGGGCCCCGCCCCUGUCACCCCCGCGAGACAGGUCCCCGGCGUCGAGGGCUUGAGGGACGCCGAGAGCGUCCGCUUCAGCCUGCUCAGCGAGGAUGGGGAUGAGGGGUUCCCCGGCACCGUCCAGGCCAGCGUCGUCUACACUGUAGGGAAGCAGGUUCAGGACGGCAAAGAUGUAGUCGUGCUGGGCAUCGAGUAUGAGGCCGAGCUGACUGGUGGUGCGGACGAGACUGUUAUCAACAUGACGAACCACUCCUACUUCAACCUCAGCGGCGGCCCUUCAAUCGAAGGCACCGUCGUAACGCUCGCAACGAACUCGUAUCUCCCCGUCGACAACGGCGGGAUCCCCACCGGUGGCCCGAAACCCUACAGCGGUGUUGAGGGCAACAAGGCUUUCACACUCGGGGCAGAGGAGCCCGACAUCGACGACUGCUUCGUCAUCGACAAGGCCGCCGACAAGGUGCCCAUCGACACCCGAUCCCUCCCGCUCACCAAGCUCGUCUCUGCCCACCACCCCAGCUCCAAGAUCAACCUGGAAGUGCACAGCACCGAGCCCGCCUUCCAGUUCUACACGGGCAAGUAUAUCGAUGUCCCCGAGGUGGCCGGCGUUGCGGCCCGGGGCAAGCGCAGUGGUUUCUGCGUCGAGCCCAGCCGCUACGUGAAUGCUUGCAAUGUCGAUGGAUGGAAGGGCCAGAUGCUGUUGAAGAAGGGUGAGAAGUACGGGUGCCACAUCGUGUAUCGCGCAUGGAAGGAGUAAGGGCGAACCGACAUGGGGUCUUAGUUUUCGGCUUUCGGGAGUUAGAAGAUAGGAGCAUCCGCCACGUAAAAUAACGGCUCAUCAAUCCUCUUCCUUGAAGGCCUCCUCCGCAACAUCAUUCUUAUUCGCCGUCGGUGUCUUCGCCUCCUGCUUCC